UUUACUUCUGCUUUUCAUGAAAAGAUCCUUUUCUGGAGAUGACAGGCAUCUGAAACCUCUAGAUUUUAAUAUACAAAUGCAGACCUACAGGUGGCUAAACAUGAGCACCAGCUUGUAUUUGUAUAGUGUGUAAUAUUUGAUUGAGAUCAGUCAACAUCAGCACAUCAAGGAGAAGCAUCAGAGUGAAGUGGAGGACAGAGGAAACGCCCAGAUAGCAAAGAUGAAGUGGAGUCUGUUUCUGCUCAGUCUGAUGGGUCAGUGUUUUCUCUCCACAUGUCGCCUCUAUGAGUACCACUAUAUCAGUGAGAAUAAGACCUGGAGUGAAGCUCAGUCGUACUGUAGAGAGAAGUAUACAGACCUGGCCACAGUGUAUGACAUGACAGACAUGAAGAGACUCCUCGACUCUACAGAGAAUCAAGGUGAAGCCUGGAUUGGUCUGUACAACCAAACAGAUUCCAACAGGACGUGGCACUGGUCUCUACCUGGGGUGGAGUACAAUGAGAGUGAGGCAAAAUGGUUAGAAGGACAGCCGAAUGAUCAUGAGGGAAAACUUGAGAACUGUGUGCAGAUGAACAACAAAAAAAUGGUCGGAUUUCCCUUGUACUACACAGGAAAAAUGUAUCUGCUACGAUGAAACAAAUCAAUCCAAUAAAUUCCACAUUAACGAGAUAUGAAUGACCUGGCUAAACGCUCAGAACUACUGUAGAGAACAUCACACAGACCUGGUCAGUGGAGUCCAUCAGUUAGAAGAUGAAGAAUUCAAGAAAGCCAUAGGGAGUAACAAUCAGGUGUGGAUCGGCCUGUUCAGAGACACCUGGAGGUGGUCCGAUGGGAGCAGCUUCUCUUUUAGACACUGGGAUCAUGAUUCUUUUGACAAACAGCAAAAUGAGAAAAAAUGUGCUCUGACCAAGUUGGAUGAAAAAGGCAGAUGGAAAUGUGAAAGUUGUAAUGAGACAAAACCUUUCUUCUGCUAUGAUGACAAAGUGAUCCUGAUCAAUCAAAGCAAGACCUGGGUGGAGGCCUUAUACUACUGCAGAGAGAACCACUAUGACCUGGUCUCCAUCACCAACCUCAACGAGCAGAGAUGGGUCCAAGAGAGAGCCAAGAAGGCCAACACUCCCUACGUCUGGUUGGGACUGCGCUACACCUGCGCACUAGAUUUCUGGUUCUGGGUCAGUGACGAGGCAGUCGGGUAUAAGAACUGGGUCUCAGAUGGAGUGAUGGAUGACUGUGACAUGUCUGAAGCCAUGGACACAGGAGGACAACACAAGUGGUUCAGAAAACCUGAUAAUGAGACAUUUAAUUUCAUCUGUUCUAAGUUUUAAGACACAAUCUACUCACUAAGAUUUAAUAUUCAUUUACUCACUUUGUGUUUGGUGGUGUGUUACUUUUGAAAAGGUUUAUACCAUAUAUGGUCUCUGGGUUUAUUGAUGAAUGGCAUUCUGGGAACUGUAGGAAUCACAGUCAGAGGAGGGAGACAUGAGACUUUUUAACUGCAGAUUUUAAAAGUUGCUGUUUAAGUCAGUUACAAAGUAGUGCAGGAUUACUAAAGACGUCUUCAACCAGAUAACAGGAUAAUUCAACCUGAAUUAACCAUGUCAACAUAUUUUAUGUUUGACUCUUCAUCAUCACCUGGUGCCAUAUCAUAGUGCUCAUAUUACAUAUUUUUCUAAUUUUGUGGAUUUUUCUUUUCUUUCUUUCUGUUUUAGGUUGUAUUUUGUGUCCUAUAUAAUUCUUUCUCUCACAUCAGUGAGGUCAUCUGCUUAUAAGAGAAAAUAGGAAUGAUACACCAGUCUAUACUAGUUUGAUUAUUCAUGUUUAAUUUUUUGAUGUUGAGAUUAAUAUCCAGUUAUAUUAUGUAAAAUCAUAUUUCUCUAGAAUUCUCGAUUAUUGAAUAAACUGUUAAACAAUGAUCUACUGUCAUUUUUCACAGGCAGAUUUAAAGCAUCUAAUUAAAAACAAAUCAAGCAAUUAAGUCAAAUAAAUAUCAUACAUACAGUGUAUACAUAAUGUAGUGAUAUGUAUUUCCUUUUUAUUCAUUUCAAAUGCAUGCAU